GAAUGUCGCUUCCAGCUACAUAAAGAAAGGCACGUCACUCGGCCAGAGCCAAUUUUGGAUCGGAGGAUUCUUUCUUUCCUUUUCACUCGCUGCUUUGAUAUUGCUUUCCGGACAUGGCCAAGACGCAGGGCCCCGUCGUGGCGGGCGUGGCCAUCGCCUUUGCCGUGCUGACAUUCAUCGUUCUUUCUUUGCGCUUGUUUGCCCGGCUUUAUGUGUUGAAGAGCAUGGGCCUGGAUGACUACUUGAUUGUGGUUGCUUGUCUUCUUUCAUGGGCCUUCACGGCUGUGACAAUCGUUGCCGUUAAACAUGGGAUGGGCAAACAUAUGGAUGAUGUCGACGCGCACGGUCUCAUCACCUACGCCUUUGUUGUUUGGCUCAGUUCGAUGUUCUACCUCGCCUGUCUCGGCUUCAUCAAGACCUCGGUCUGCUAUUUCUACACUCGACUAGGCGAUAAAACCUUGACCCGGCUAUCGCUGGGGAUGAUGUGCGUGGUGGGAUGUCAAGCGACGGCUUUCGUCUUGACAGCAGCUUUCCAAUGCAAUCCGAUCCCCAAGGCGUGGAAUAGCACCAUCCCCGGCCACUGCGUCACCAUCAACGUCUUCUACCUCUGCAACGCGGCCCUCAACAUCCUCACCGACCUGUUGACCUACACCCUUCCCGUCCGGGUGAUCCUCCACCUUCACAUGCCCUACAAACAAAAACUGGCCCUGGGAUGCAUUCUCUGCCUGGGUCUUUUCGCCUGCGUCUCCUCCAUCAUCCGCAUCACCUACAUCCCCACCAUGCUCUCCUCCGCCGACUCCACCUACGCCAUUAGCGGCGCGAUGUACUGGUCCGCCAUCGAGAUCAACGUCGGCAUCCUCGCGGCCUCCAUCCCCUCCUUCAAGGCGAUUGCCUCGCGCUUCCUGCCGCGCUGGAUCGGGGAAUAUUCUUCGAACAAGGGCUACGGCGGCUGGUCAAGCAGCAACAACAACGCCGCCAAGCGGUACGGGUCGGGCUUCUCUAAGCCACGGGCGCCGGAGUUCGGGAUGAGUGUGCUGCAAAGCCACUGUGGCGAGACGGAGACCAUCGCCGGCACCCAGAUCGAGCGAAACGGCAGCGAGGACCGAAUCGUCAUCCCGGCGGGCAAGAUCAUGGCCCAGACGGAGAUCGAGACCAAUGUCGAGGUCAGUCCGGUGUAUCUGCGGUCGUCGCCUUCAUUUGAUCUGCCGCGGUGAUGUGGGUUUGGACCACAGCUGCCGUCUCUUAUUUCCUUU